UCCAAACUGGUACGGCGCGAUGCACAAGCUCAACAUGGAUGCCAUGGCGUCACUCGUUAUAGUGCUCCUCCUGGUUACUGGAGCAGGAGCAAGCAAAGAUGUAGAUCGCCCGGCUGCUGCGGCUGCGGCUGCCGUGACGUCGUCGUCUAGAACGAUGGCGCCAAUGGAGUAUUGGCGAGCAGUGCUUCCCCUGACUCCGAUACCCCAAGCCAUACACGACCUGUUGACCCAUUCUACAGCCAAAGAGGACUUAAGGAAGAUUUCAACAUCAUAUACCUCCCAAAUUCAGAAGGAUCCAAGAAAGACCAUAGAAUCCUAUGGAUAUCAAGGUAAUGAAGAUGAUCUAAGAAAGGCCACCAUAUCAUACAGAUCUAAAGGUGAGGACAACCUAAGAUCGAUAAGCACAUCAUAUGGUUCCCAAGGUGAGGACAUAAGAACGAUCAGCACAUCAUAUGAGUCCCAAGGUGAUGGCUUAAUAAAGAUCAGCACAUCAUAUGGGCCCCAAGGUGAGGAUGACUUAAGAACGAUAAGCACAUCAUAUGGGUCGCAAGGUGAGGACAUAAGAACGAUUAGCACAUCAUAUGGGUCUCAAGGUGAUGACUUAAGAAAAAUCAGCACAUCAUAUGGGUCCCAAGGUGAGGACUUAAAGAAGAUCAGCACAUCAUAUGGGUCCCAAGGUGAGGACUUAAGGAAGAUUAGCACAUUAUAUGGGUCCCAAGGUGAGGACAUAAGAACGAUCAGCACAUCAUAUGGAUCCCAAGGUGACGACUUAAGAAAGAUCAGCACAUCAUAUGGGUCCCAAGGUGAGGACUUAAGGAAGAUCAGCACAUCAUAUGGGUCCCAAGGUGAGGACUUAAAAAAGAUCAACACAUCAUAUGGGUCCCAAGGUGAGGACAUAAGAACGAUCAGCACAUCAUAUGGGUCCCAAGGUGAUGAUGUAAGAAAGAUCAGCACAUCAUAUGGGUCCCAAGGUGAGAACUUAAGGAAGAUCAGCACAUCUUAUGGGUCCCAAGGUAAGGAUUUAAGGAAGAUUAGCACAUCAUAUGGGUCCCAAGGUGAGGACUUCAGAACAAUCAGCACAACAUAUGGGUCACAAGAUGAGGACAUAAGAACGAUUAGCACAUCAUAUGGAUCCCAAGGUGAUGAUUUAAGGAAGAUUAGCACAUCAUAUGGGUCCCAAGGUAAGGACUUAAGAACUAUUAGCACAUCAUAUGGGUCCCAAGGUAAGGACAUAAGAACGAUCAGCACAUCAUAUGAAUCUCAAGGUGAUGAUUUAAGGAAGAUCAGCACAUCGUAUGAGUCCCAAGGUGAGGAUUUAAGAAAGAUCAGCACAUCAUAUGAUUCUCAAAAAGAGGACCCUUCAUCAAUGGUCACCGCAUGUGACCACAAACGGGGUGUAAGUGAGAAAGGUGAAGCAAGCAAAGGGGAUAGGCAUGCCCAUGAGCACGUUCACAACCACAACAACGUCAACAGGCUAGCAGACGUGUUUUUCUUCCAGGACGUCCUACGGCCAGGGUCCGUGGUCACGCCGACCAUCCCAGUGACUACCACCCUGCCAUCGCUGCUACCGCGCCGUGAGGCCGACUCCCUCCCAUUCUCCACGGCGCGAUUGCGCGACAUCCUUGCCAUGUUCGCUCCGGCAUCCCUCGCCAUGGCAGAUGAGAUACGGUCGACUCUCGACUCCUGCGAGCACCCACGUCCACUCCCAGGCGAGAAGGCCGGCUGCGCCACCUCCCUCGAGUCCCUCGCCAAGCUCCCUGCUGCCCUCCUCGGCACACGCAACGUUCGCGCUUUCUCCGGCGACAUGCCCGUCGACCCGGCGGGCACGGCGGCUCGACGGGGGAGGUACAACGUCACGGCCGUGCGGAAGCUAUCCGAGUCGCCGGUCGCCGCGACGUGCCAUGACCUGACCUACCCCUAUGCGGUGUUCUACUGCCACACGACCAACCAGGUGGCGACGUACCAGGUGACGCUGGCGGCCGAGGACGGCAGGGCGCCGGCGAUGGAGGCGCUGGCAGUGUGCCACCUCGACACAUCACAAUGGACCCCCAGGCAACCGUUCUUAGUGGCGCAUAACCUAAAGCCAGGUGAUGUGGCGGUUUGCCAUUUUCUUUCUAAGCUCAGCAUCACCUGGGUCCCGGCCGGCGAGCAAGGAGGCGCACGUGAAGCCUGGUAGAACACGGAGUACCCGAGAGCAUUUGUGUGAGCUCUGAUCUGUGGCUUUUGUUUAUAACGCGUAUGGAACACAACGUGGCUCCAGUACUAAAUAAAAGCCGCGUGAACACGUAUUGUAAUUGUGAUUUGUUUAAUAAGAAACAGGUUGUGAUUGUGGUUUGGCUAAACAAUUAGUCAUAUCAGUUUGUAUUUACCUAA